UCGACCCUCAAAACAUGGGCAUGUACACGCACACUAACCAGAAAUUGAUUCAGCUCAUUGUGAUCCUGUAUUUUAUGCCAGAGAUCACAUCUAAAUUUGAGUUUACCAACAUAAUAUGCAACUGUGUUGAUGAAAAAUUCUGUGCUAUGGACUAUUGUUAUCUGAAGUCGGUAAAUCGGAGCUACAAGUAUCUGUCCGUAAAAGUGCACUUGCUACAACCUCCCAUUACCAAUGCUAAGGUUAAUUUUGCAAUGUACAAACGCUUCAGUGGAUACAAGCCAUUUCUCUAUAAUAUCACUGUCGACGGCUGUAAACUAUUAAAAAAUCGUAAGUAUAAUCCAGUUGCCAAUUACUUUUUCGGAUUUUUUAAGACGUUGUCCAAUUUGAACCAUUCAUGUCCCUAUCAUGAAGAUAUUAUUGUGGAUAAGGUGACCAGCAACAUCAUUAAUCACCAUGCAACAGCUGUAUUGCCCUUUCCGGAAGGUGACUACCUCGUGGAAUCCCAUUGGUUUAUUGAUGACAUCGAGCGAGCUGUCUUUAAGGUCUUUGGAACUCUUUCAUAAGUCGUGAAAUCCCAAAAUCGG